AUGUACAAAUAUGAAGUCUUCUUAUUAAGAUUAGUGUGCGGGCCCAAUACCAUUGAGGUUGAAAUCGAACCCAUAUGGAAGCUGCUUGUUAAACAGGUUUUAAAUCCAUUCUAUGUCUUCCAAGUCUUUACCCUAACUUUGUGGAUGUCUCAAGGUUACAUAGAAUUCUCUUUGGCCAUCAUCAUCUUGUCUGUUAUCUCCAUUGCCCUAAGUGUGUAUGAUUUGCGAAAGCAAUCGGUUAAGCUGCACAACCUUGUGGAGGAUCACAACAAAGUCCAGGUUACAGUUAUGGUAAAAGGCAAAGGUUUGCAGGAGCUGGAAUCCCGUCUCUUGGUCCCUGGAGAUAUUCUUAUUCUUCCCGGAAAAUUUUCAUUGCCAUGUGAUGCUAUUCUGAUUGAUGGAAGCUGCGUGGUGAAUGAAGGCAUGCUCACAGGAGAAAGUACACCUGUCACAAAGACACAAUUGCCCCAUAUGGAGAACACCACAGCCUGGAAAUCCCACAGUUUGGAGGAUUAUCGAAAACAUGUCCUUUUCUGCGGAACGGAAGUAAUCCAGGUCAAGCCCUCUGGGCAGGGGCCAGUAAGAGCUGUCGUUUUGCAAACAGGUUAUAAUACAGCAAAAGGAGACUUGGUGAGAUCCAUCCUCUACCCCCGGCCUCUGAACUUCAAACUAUACAGUGAUGCCUUCAAGUUCCUAGUGUUCCUGGCCUGCCUUGGAGUUGUGGGUUUUUUCUAUGCCCUUGGUGUGUAUAUGUACCGUGGAGUCUCUUUCAGGAAAACUGCACCCAUGGCCCUCCUUCUCUUCAGCUUGACUGUCCCUCCUCUGCUGCCAGCUGCCCUGACCACAGGCAUCAUGUAUGCACAAAAAAGGCUGAAGAAGAAGAAAAUCUUCUGUACCUCCCCACAGAGAAUCAACAUGUGUGGGCAAAUAAACCUCAUGUGCUUUGACAAAACUGGCACUCUUACGGAAGACGGGCUGGACCUCUGGGGGACUGUACCUACUGCUGGCAACAGUUUCCAAGAAGUCCAUAGCUUUGCCUCGGGUGAGGCUUUGCCAUGGGGCCCACUGUGUGCUGCCAUGGCCAGCUGCCACUCCCUGAUCCUUCUGGAUGGGACCAUCCAGGGAGAUCCACUGGAACUCAAAAUGUUUGAGGGCACCGCCUGGACAAUGGAAGAUUGCAAGGUAGACCACCGCAAAUUUGGGAUGUCAGAUUCAAACAUCAUAAUAAAACCAGGACCAAAAGCCAGUCAGAGUCCCGUGGAAGCCAUCACCAUCUUGUGUCAGUUUCCAUUUUCCUCCAGCCUGCAGAGGAUGUCUGUGGUGGCUCAGCUAGCGGGGGAGGAUCACUUCCAUGCCUACAUGAAGGGUGCCCCGGAGAUGUUGGUGGGGUUCUGCAAGUCUGAAACAGUGCCCAAGAAUUUCCCACAGGAGCUGAGGAAGUACACAAUGCAGGGCUUUCGCGUCAUUGCCCUUGCCCAUAAAGCCUUGAACAUGGAGAAGUUUUCAGAAGUAGAGAGUUUAACCAGGGAGAAGGUGGAGUCAGAGUUAACAUUUCUGGGGCUUCUUGUCAUGGAGAAUUGCUUGAAAAAGGAAACCAAACCAGUCUUGAAGGAACUGAGCGAGGCCUGCAUCAGGACCGUGAUGAUUACAGGUGACAACCUCCAAACAGCCAUUACUGUUGCAAAGAAUUCUGAAAUGAUUCCUCGAGGGAGCCAGGUGAUCCUUGUGGAAGCCAAUGAGCCAGAAGAGUUUGCUCCUGCUUCUGUGACCUGGCAGCUGGUAGAGAACCAAGAGAAUGGACCUGGAAAGAAUGAUAGCUGCAUUAACAUUGGAAACCGCUCAGUGCCUGCUGGAGAAAGAGGCAGCUGUUACCAUUUUGCAAUGAGUGGGAAAUCAUACCAAGUGAUAUUUCAGCAUUUCAACAGCUUGCUUCCAAAAAUCCUAGUGAAUGGAACCAUUUUUGCAAGAAUGUCUCCUGGGCAGAAAUCAAGCCUUGUUGAAGAAUUUCAGAAAUUGAAUUAUUAUGUGGGCAUGUGUGGAGAUGGAGCUAAUGACUGUGGGGCUUUGAAAAUGGCUCAUGCGGGCAUUUCGCUGUCAGAGCAGGAGGCAUCUGUGGCAUCCCCUUUCACCUCGAAAACAGUCAACAUCGAGUGUGUGCCUCGUCUCAUCAAAGAAGGCCGAGCUGCUCUGGUUUCAUCCUUUGGGGCAUUUAAAUACUUGACCAUGUACAACCUGAUCCAGUUUACUAGUACAUCACUGCUCUAUUGGCAACUACAACUCUUUGGGAAUUACCAGUAUCUCAUACAAGAUAUAGCCAUUACCUUGAUGAUCUCUUUAACAAUGAGUUCAACUCAUGCCUACCCAAAACUGGCUCCAUACCGCCCAGCAGGACAUCUCCUCUCUCCUCCUCUGCUGCUCUCAGUCUUUCUGAAUGUCUGUUUCACCUGCAUAGUGCAGCUCUGUGCAUUUCUCUGUGUGAAGCAGCAGCCCUGGUAUUGUGAAGUCUACAGAUACAGUAAGUGCUUUCUGGACAACCAAAGUAAUUUCUCCACAAAUGUGAGUUUGGAAAGAGACUGGACUGGAAAUGCAACUCUGAAUCCUGGUUCAAUUUUAAGUUUUGAGAGCACCACACUGUGGCCCAUCACCAACUUCAACUUUAUCACACUAGCGUUUGUCUUCUCUAAGGGAAAGCCCUUUCGAAAACCUAUCUACACAAACUAUACAUUCUCACUUCUGCUGCUAUCUGACGUGAGCUUCAUAAUUUUCCUUCUGUUUUCUGAUUUUCAAAAUGUAUACCAUAGAAUGGAGAUCAUCCCAACUGUGACAUCGUGGAGGGUUUUGAUUUUGGUGGCAGCCCUCACCCAGUUCUGUGUGGCCUUCUUUGUAGAGGAUGCCGUCCUUCAAAAUCGAAAGCUCUGGCUAUUGAUCAAGAAAAAAUUUGGAUUCUAUUCUAAAAGUCAAUAUAAGAACUGGCAAAAAAAGAUGGCGGAAGACUCAGGCUGGCCUCCCACGAACAGGACAGAUUAUGCAGGGGAUGGCAGAAAUGGAUUCUACAUCAACCGAGGCUAUGAAGUCCCUGAACAGAUUCCAAGAGAAAAGCUCGAAGUGGGAGGCCAAACCACAGAACAGCAUUUUUGGACCAGACUGUAAUCAAAAUUGUUAUCGGACACACUUCACACCAUCCUCUUUUUCUCCAGACACUGAAACACUGUGGAGUGGUGAUGAUAAUCUACUCUUAUCUUUUCUGUCUCCAUCUGAGGAGUCAAAGCUCAUUUCUCCGUG